AGUAGCAGCCCCCAUGCUGUCCGGAUGACUCUGUGUCUCGGUCAUGUGUAAACUUGAACGUGAGGACAGGAAGUAGCGCGCGCUCCUCCGUUACUGGCACAUUGUGCACAACAGGGAAGUAAGCCUCACCUACUUUUUGUUACGGUGUUAAAAGUUGAGCUGCUCGCUGCUCAAAGUUGAUUUCUCCUCGGUUAAAGACGACGGUCCAGCUUUUAAACAGAGGCAGCCUUACAGUGAGUAAUGGAGGCAGGGUAUGAUCAGUAGGACUCUCGGACUGAAGGAGGACUUAUGAGACAGAGGAGGAGGAAGAGGCGACGGACAAGACACAUAUUCAAUGUUUUGAAGUCUAUUUUGAACUGAAGCCCUGCUUGACCAUGGCCCAGUGGAUUCACAUGUCCCAGCUGAUUCCGUGCCUGUCGGAUGAGACGGUCAACAACCUUUAUCCCCCAGCCGCCUUCCCCAUUGAAGUCAGACACUUCUUAGCUGAAUGGAUUGAGAGCCAAAGAUGGGAUGACUUUGUGCUGGAAAAGGUGGAGCAGGAGAGCCAGGCUCAGGCUCUGUUGGACCAGACCAUCAGCAUGCUGCAGUCCAUUGCUCAGCAGAACGCCAACGUGGUGGACAGAAUGAAGUUGAUGAAUAUCAGUAGGAACAUGAGCAUGUUUCAGCAGCAUCCUCUACAGUUUGGAGUGAUGGUCAGGGAAAUCCUCACGAAGGAGAGGGUUCUGCUCGGCACGCCCGCUCAGAUGCCGAACCCUCCACAGUACCAGCAGUACCCUAAUAGAGAGACCUCAUUCCCCAACAUGCAGGAUGUAGACUGCCUGGUUCUGAAGGUGCUGGAGGUCCAGGAUAUCCGACAAAAGAUGCACCAACUGCAAGAGGAGCUCAACUGGGAGAGACAGAACUAUGAGGGUUUACAAGGGCCGAUCCAACAGAACGGACUGGAUGCAGCAAAGUCAGAAAUCCAGAAACUCCAGAAUCACAUCCAGCAACUGGAAUAUAAUGUGAAGGCAAUGGCCACGAAGCGCUUCCAGCUGCUGAAGGAGUCUGUGGACUGUCUGGACCAGUGUCAGACCCGUCUGCUCAGCAGGCUGAAGGCGUGGAGGUGGGAGCAGCACAAGGCUGCCAUCGGACACCCCUUUGACGACAACCUUAACCCCAUGCAGACCUGGUGUGAGCAGCUGCUUGGCGUGAACGGAAAGCUGAGACAGGAAUUGAUGCUGAUAGGGGAGCCGUUUCCAGAGCUCCAGGAAAGGCUGGGGCAACUUCUGCAAGUUCUGAUUCAAAGCUCUCUUGUGGUGGACAAGCAGCCCCCUCAGGUCAUUAAAACUCAGUCAAAGUUCUCAACAACAGUGCGAUAUCUGCUGGGGGAGAAAGUUGCUCCCGGGAAACCUGUGGUGCUGAAGGCGCAAAUCAUUAAUGAACUGCAGGCCAGGAACCUGGGCAGUGUACCUGGCGAUAAUGUCGGGGAACUGAUCAACAAUACAGCCAUCCUAGAACACAACACAGCCAGCAAGAGCACAUGUGCCACCUUCAGGAACAUGUCCAUCAAGAAGAUCAAGAGAGCGGACAGAAAGGGAUCAGAGUCUGUGACAGAGGAGAAGUUUGCUCUCCUGUUCUCGACAGAGAUCACCAUCACAGGGUGCGACACACCCUACCGGAUACAGAUGAUCUCGCUGCCGGUGGUCGUCAUUGUCCAUGGUAGUCAAGACAACAACGCUCUGGCCACCAUCAUAUGGGACUGCGCUUUCUCUGAACCAGACAGAGUGCCGUUCAUGGUGCCGGAGCGUGUGCCCUGGAGGAUGAUGUACAGCACUCUUAACAGUAAAUUCACCUCUGAGGUCCAGACACACCACAAUCUGGACCAGUACAACCAGCACUUCUUGGCCCAGAAGAUAUUCGACAAGCCUGACUUUGCCGACGACUUCAGCAACAUGAUGGUUUCCUGGGCCCAGUUUAAUAAGGAGGUUCUCCCGGGUCGACCGUUUACUUUCUGGCAGUGGUUUGAAGGAGUGAUGGAGCUGACCAAGAAGCACCUGAAGACCUACUGGAGCGAAGGGCUGAUAUUUGGUUUCAUUGGGAAGCAGCAUCUCCACCUGAUUCUAAAAGACAGGCCCAAUGGGACGUUCUUGCUUCGCUUUAGUGACUCUGAGAUCGGCGGCAUCACCAUUGCAUAUGUGUCCGCUACUGAGAAUGGGGGACAGAAGAUCCAGAACAUCCAACCCUUCACCAAGAGAGAUCUUGAGAUCCGUAGCCUUGGUGACCGCAUCCGAGACAUCAGCCACAUAACGUGCCUGUAUCCUGACUUUCCGAAACAUGAAGUUUUCAAAAAAUUCUACACAGAGCCUCUACGUGUUGAUGGUUAUAUCCCUGCGACUCUCCAUACUAAAGUCGGCACGGAAGCUGGCUCAGCAACACCCCCGGCUGCCGCUGAAAACCCUCGCAGCUUCAACGUGAAUCAGUUCCAGCAGCCCUUCAGUCCACAGGAGUCUAUCAGUCAAGACAUAAUGGAUACUGCACCUAACUCUGUGGAGUUCAGUCCAAGCCCUCCUGUUGGCUUCCCGGUACACAUGCCCGCAGCUAGCCCGCAUAUGGAUCUAGACUUAGACACUUUUCUCCAGACUCUGGAGAAGAACAGUGUCUAAACUCCAGGAGGCAGACAAUGGAUAGAGACCAGAGCCACAGUCAUCUGUCUUACCGUCAUAUUAAAAACCACCGCCUUGGUUUGUGCAGACUUUCUCCCUACACUUCCGUCAUCCAUCUACAGAUUCAUCUACUUUUGAGUGACAACAAAUGUGAUUUCUCUGGGACUCAAGAUGUUGAGCUGGUUCUACGUGAGAGCAGGAACUCAUUUUUAGGACGUCAAACUGAGAACAAACGAAAAGAACGAAAAGUGCUGUCAUGGCAGUGCGUCGGCCAUCCUUGUUGUGCACCUUUUUGUCGAACACCUCUUCUGUCUCUCACUUGGUGGUAGGUUUGUUGAUGUUGUUGAUCGCCACAGUCGGCUACCAGAGAUUGUUUUUUGCAUUUUUUAUUUUUAUUUUUUAACGUGACAAGGCAAGUGUAUUUGCAUUUCCCUUUUGUAUAUAACCCUUCCCUCUGAUGGCGAAGCCUCAGCAAUAGUAUAUCACACACCCAGUCUUACAGUUAUGCACAAUAUGCAUGGUAAAGACUUCAUAGCCAAUGUUUAUAAGACUCAAAUGUAAGGAACAAUAAGCUUUUCCAUCACUGUUGACUGUGAAACUACACCACAUUGAUACAUUGAUGGACACAGCAGAAGUGUUGAUGAUAGUGGUGGUGGUGGUGGUGGUGGUGGUAAGGGGUCUUUAUAUAUCUGCCUACCUAAAGACGCCAUUGUUUGUAUUUUCUGUUACAUGUGUAUAUUUUUAAAGCUGUCAUUUAUUAAUCUCAACCAGUCAUUUUGGCCCUUUUCUUCUGAGUAUGCAUCAAGUCCCUAAUGCAGAAAAUGCUCACCGUCUGUCUUCAGUCUUAUAGAGUGAUACAACUCAUAAAUGCAGUGAAAGUAAAUGAUCAACAGUAUAUUUCCAUACCUAUAUUUCUAUGUAGAUUUUCAAAAUUAGAUGUUAUGUUAUGUUACUACAUUCAUGUAAUUUUGUUUUGAGUCUCACAUAACAUGUUAAUGUGCCAUUUAAAUGUAUUCUCGGUGUUACAGGCUAAAAACAUAUGGAUAUAGAGUAAAGUCAUUAGUAUAAUUUUAUUCUGACGAGGGGUUUUGGGUGCUCUAAAUCUAAUUUUGCUCUGAUUUUAGCAGCUUUUAUCUUCAGCUAAAUGUAGAAAUCUUCCUUAUUAACCAACUUUUGGUUUAAUGAGAAGCUUUGUACUCCCUACCAUCACUGUCAAUGCUGUGCAUGUGAUUACAUAUUGGUGUACUGGAUGUACCAUGCGGCAUGUAAUUUUACUGGAUCAUAACCUGUCAUAUCUUGCAGAGUGACUUUUGGAUAAAUCACCCUGAGGCUACUACAAUCCGUAUAAUCUUUCAACCGUGGCGUCAAAUAAAAUCUCAGUUUUUCUCAAAAUUUAAAAAAUAUUUUCGUGAAUUUAUUUACAAGGUAUUAACUAGCCUAUCUGUCUUAAGCCAACUUUGACUGAUAUCACAGAUGUUUGUGUAGACAUUUUAAAAGCUGCACACAGAGGAAUAUGUUCAACAAGCCACUGGGGACUAAAUUGACUCUUUCACUGUCCCUGUGGUACUGCAGACAUAACCUCAUCUGACUUGCAAAUGUUUAUGGAAAUGGUUACUGGGUUUAGUUCUCAGAUGUGGCAUGAGUAUGUCAUAAAUCAGGGGAGUCAAAAAUAUGAACUGUGUGCCAGAACCCGUCCAUCAAAGGGUCAAAUCCGGCCCUCUGGAUGACUUUGCACAUCUAAUUCUGAUGUAUUUGUAAAGGCUAAGAUUUGUAAGGUUUCAGGAGGAAGUUAAACAGUAAGUAGCCACUUCAUGUAAAAUGUUGCGUCGUAGGCUUUUCCGCCCUGACCACAACACAGUUCUCUGGAAACGCAAUGGAUACCCUUUUGCAGUUAAAUUUAAAGAUACUGAACACUGUGUGAGUCAGCAGUUUCGGUACAGUACUGCCAAAACUUUCGAUUUGUAAAUGGUUUGUAAGGCAGGGGAUAACUUAACCUCCUUCCUCAAUAGCGUCCGCUGACGCCAGCAUUCCUGCACAUGAGUGGAAAUGUAUGGAAAAAUGCACAUUUAAUGUCACUGAGUAGUAGACUUAUGAAAUGAGGAAAAACUGAGCCAUAUUGUUGAAAUUGCACUUAUUUUUCUGAAGACAUCUCAGGCUGUUCACCAUCUGUUUUAUAAAGGGUUUAACAUUUUCAGAAAGCACUUGGCCUUCUUUACACUACAAGAAAGGGGAAAUAUUUAGGUUUGAGGUUGAGAUUGAGUUUAGUUCAAAUUGGGCUGUAUGUGGCUCUUGAACUCAAAUGAGUUUGACACCCCUGUCAUAAAUGAUAAUUGUUGCAAACAUCUAAGAUUUGCUUUUUUGGCAAAUGUAGUCUGUUUUGUGUGGGACCAUCUAUUUAAAUCUCAUAUUUCUCUACAGUCUAAAAGAAAACAGACAAAGAAAUGAUUGGAAACAUAAGAAUUUUCGGAUUUUUUUGACAUAUAAAAAUAAUAAAUCAAUGGCAUUGCGAUCGGGAAGGUAUGCCUGGUACCAAAAAGGCUGUCCAUUGAAUGAAAGCAUAUUGGUGUAUAACAUAAUCGGCAUCACUUCCAUAAUCCAUCAGCCAAAGAGGAGACAUUGCAUAACUAGCAUAUUAUAUUUCCUAUCCAUCCAGUUUCAACAAUCAUGAAAUGAUUUUUUAAAAAAAGAAAACUUUACACUGUACAUCACAAAGCUUUUCCAUUAGAACACAAAUGCUAAUUUUCAACAUGUCACUAAAAUGUAAAUUCUACUCAACCACUGCCAGGGAAAUCACACUGAAAAAAAAAGGUUAUGUAGAGGAAGCAGAAAGAGAAUCAGCUUACAUGUCUGGUUCGGUAACUGCUUGUGUGAAAUUUGUCAAAAUGCUAACUUAUCUCCGUGCCCUGUCCCCUUCCCUCCAUCCCAGCAGCUUUAGAUGUCCCCUCAUUAGAGCAGAACAAGAUGGCUGCCUCGUAAACAAAGGGAGGAGGUAGGGUGAAUGAAGGAGGGAUGGAAGAGAGAGGGGACACCGGGCAAAUGUAGAGCUUCAACUUCAAAGUUCAUUCUCUCUUGUGUAGGUUGUAUGAAAAUAAAGGUGUACAUUUAUCACCCUGUACAAACACACUAAAGAUUUCAGUCGCCUCGCAGUGACCUUCUCUCUUCUCCCAAAUAUCGGAGAGGGGCUUGUCCAAUAAAACUAUCUCACUCCCAAAGAGCCGCCCAGCUCAGCAUAGAAAAGAGAAGGCACCAGGUGUUUGCCAACACCAGCAACAAGCCACCACACCUCAUGCACUCUUUCAUUUUCUAACCUCGAGUUGAUGUAACAAAGACCCUUCAGUCGUGUCAAACAACACAAUUCAACUAAGGGAAAAAAAAAAAAAAAAAAAAAAAUCUUGUUCCUCAUGACAGCUUGUCAGGUUUGCUUUCUUUGUUUUUCCAUGGCAGACACGCAAAAGUAAAAGCAAACCAACUAUCACACACCUGUACAUGAAUCUGUGAUAAGCGCUGCUCUAAAAGCAAAGCUCAUGCCAGAAGUCAUUUAAAAUGUAACCCAACACAAACACUGUAUAAGUUGUCUAAAUGUGGUGCAGAUUUCCCACUUAUAAAGCAACAGAUUUAGUGGCAAUUAAACCAUUUCAAGUGUAACUGUAACGUCAUUGAAGACUGAGCUCAGAAAAGACCAGAUGGUUUUGUGUUUUGUGUUUAUUUUAAUAUAAAUAUGAAUGUGUGUGUGCUUCACUAGCUGAGACACAAACUCUAAACUGAGUAAAUUUGGCUUCAAGACUCGAAAGCAGAAGUUAUUUUCAUUAGAUAUAAAAAGGGGAUCAAUCUAAACAUGGAAUCUGUUGAACUUUUGCAGGAUCAGUUAGGGCGUGGGAAAGGUUGCAUCUUUCCCUAAAAUAUGCUUGUAAAAUUAAAAAAAAAAUCAUGGUACAGACAAAAUAUUGUGGCAAUGAAAAGUGAAAAAUAAAAAUGAUCAAUUAAAACAAGCACACACACGCAUACACAUGCACAGAGACAUGCAUGCACACCCACUCUCUGUCUCUCUCUCUCACUCACACUCACACACGCGCGCACACACACUCACACACACACACACACACACACACACACACACACACACACACACACACACACACACGUACA